ACCGAACUGGUGACUGAUGUGUGACGUUGGCAAAUUGCAAUCGCUUCUCCUCGCACUGCGCCGCUGCAACUCCCUCCGCCACCUCCACCAGCUCCACGCUGUCGCCUCUAAGGCCGGACUCGACGCUCACUCCCUCGUCGCCGGCAAUCUCCUCUUCUUCGCUGCCGACCUCCCCGAUGGCCUCGACCACGCCCUCCGCCUCUUCUCCCUCAUGCCCUCCCCCGACGCCUUCAUGCACAACACCCUCAUCCGCGCUCUAUCCCACUCCGACGUCUCCCCGCACCGUGCCCUCCUCCUCUACUCCACCAUGCGCCUCCGCUCCAUCGCCCCCGACAGCUUCUCCUUCGCCUUCCUCCUCAAAGCGGCCGCCGACUUCCAGUCCCUCGCCCUCGGCUGCCAGAUCCACUCCCACGCCAUUCACCACGGCCUCGACGCCCACCUCUUCGUGGCGACCACGCUGGUCAGCAUGUACGCCGAAUGCGGCCGCGUCGCCUCCGCCCGGAAGGCGUUCGACGAUAUUCCCCAACCAAAUGUGGUCGCCUGGAACGCGAUCAUCACCGCUCAUUUCCGGGACGGCGACGUCGUAAAUGCAGGGAAGCUGUUCGACGAAAUGCCAUGGAGGAAUCUGACUUCUUGGAACAUCAUGCUCGCUGGUUACACCAAGGCGGGAGAGCUGGAAGCGGCCAGAAGAUUGUUCGACUCCAUGCUUCAAAAGGACCCUGUAUCCUGGAGCACCAUGAUCGUUGGGUUCGCAAGUCAUGGUCUUUUCCGCCACGCUUUCAGUUUCUUUCAGCAAUUGCUGAUGGAGGGCCUCCGGCCGAAUGAAGUAAGCUUGACGGGCAUCCUCUCGGCUUGCUCCCAAGCUGGGGCCUUCGAGACCGGCAAGGUUCUACAUGGCCACUUGCAGAAGUCUGGGCUCAUCACCUUCAUCGCCGUUUCUAAUGCUCUCUUGGAUCUGUAUGCUAGGUGCGGGAGCAUGGAAAUGGCACGCCGGGUAUUCGAUCGAGAGAUGAGAAAGAAGAGUGUGAUCAGUUGGACCUCCAUGAUCGCAGCACUGGCAAUGCAGGGGCUAGGAAAUGAGGCAAUUGAAUUGUUCAAACAAAUGGAGGGACAUGGGACGAAGCCUGAUGGGGUUACCUUCAUCUCACUCCUCUAUGCUUGUAGCCAUUCAGGAAUGGUGGAGCAAGGCUACCAUUUUUUCAGUAGAAUGAGCGAGGUGUACGGUAUCAAGCAUUCGAUCGAGCACUACGGUUGCAUGGUCGAUCUAUACGGUCGAGCCGGGCUACUCGACAAGGCCUACGACUUCAUAAUGCAAAUGCCACACGAACCCAAUGCCAUAAUAUGGAGAACAUUGCUUGGUGCAUGUAGCAUUCAUGGAAAUGUCAAUUUAGCUGAAAGUGUCAAGAAGAAACUCUUAGAAGUUGAACCUGGUGAUUCCGGCGACUACGUUCUACUGUCCAAUAUUUAUGCUGUCGCCGGUAAGUGGAAGGAUGCCGCCAAUGUGCGCAGAUCAAUGAGCAACGAGAGCAUCAGGAAAAGCCCAGGCUGGAGUUCCAUAGAAGUCGACAAGGUCGUGUACACCUUCACUGCAAACGUUGAACAAAGCAAUGUUAAAGAGGAGGCCUAUGAUAAGUUGAUAGACAUCUUGACGAGGAUUAGGCAAGAAGGUUAUGUUGCAGAGGUUGCCAAUGUUUUGCAUGACAUAGAAGAAGAAGAGAAGGAAGAUGCCAUUGCGCAGCACAGCGAAAAGCUCGCAGUGGCUUUUGGGAUGGCGAGGAUGGGCAAAGGCAGUGUUAUAAGGAUUGUGAAGAACUUGAGAAUAUGCAGGGAUUGCCACAGGGUGAUGAAAUUCAUUUCAAAGGUAUAUGAAAGGGAAGUUGUGGUGAGGGAUCGAAGUAGGUUUCAUUCUUUCAAAGAUGGCUCUUGUUCUUGUCGAGACUACUGGUGAUCAUUUCUGUUCAUCCAAUUGUUUGGGAUGUCUGCAGCAUCUCUGCUGUCUUCUUCCUUCUUUCCACUCUCUUUACAGUGUUCUUCUUUGACAACACAGAAGUUAGUAUUGACUUGGUAAUCUCUGAAUUGUUAUUUUUAGUAUUGACUUGUAAUAUCACAAUUCACUACUGUAUAUUUUAAUAAUAAUGAUAAUAAUUUGUUGUGCUAA